AUGUUGAGAGCAUCCAAGUUAUAUAAUAAUGGAGCUGUUCGUUCGGGGUUAAAAAUCAGUCAUAAUCAACGUCUUGGAGUUAAGGUAUUUAAGCAUUGUGAAAGCACAUUGGCAGAGGAACCAAAAAAGCCUUCUAGAUCUCUAUUUACAAAGUUUCUCGGUUUAACAUUUGUUUUAGGAGCCUCUUAUGGAGGAGCAGCGUAUUAUGCUUUACAUGAACCAGCUUUCCAUAAACAUUUCAGACAUUAUGUACCUGGCGGAGAACAGACAUUACGAUUCCUGGAAGAUCUUCAAAACAACAACGAUACUUUUCUUCAAAAAGCAACCAACUUAAAGGAACAAGCCAAAUCAUACAGUACAAAGAUUCAGCAAUCAUCUCAGGAUGCAAUGGAUUACGCAGCUGAAGCUUACCAAACCCUAACAGGUCCUAAAUUACCUGAUAACAACAAAAUUCAGACAUUUACAAAAAAAGAACAAGAUGUAUCAAUCUCGGUUCCUGUCACUCCUAAGCCAACUACAAAUAGUACACUUCAACUAUCAACAGAUAAAGCGGCUCAACCUGCUAUUGUGAAUGUAGCUAUCGAGAAGCCUGAACCUAUUAUUGUCAAACAAGUUGCAUCAGAUAAUCCAUAUGUUCGUGAACUUUCUCAACUUGUGACCGAACUUGCUACUAUUUUGAAUGAGACAGGCCUUUCUGGAUUAGGUCGCACUAUUAUUCGAGAUGCUGAAGAGGCACUCGAGAAAUUGAAUGAUCGAAUUCAAACUCUCAAUAACGACCAAACUGCAAUCCUUCAAUCUCUUCAAUCUCUUCGUUCUCAAGGCGAUAAGCUCGAAGGGUCACUUGAGCGAUUUCAUAUACAAGCCAAACAAGACCUUGAACUGACUCAGAUAGAAUCAGCUGCCAAGAUUGUAGCCCGUGAAGCUCAAUUGAAGAACGCAUUUGAACAGACACGUGCAGAAAUGGAAACUUCUUUUGCUCAACAGUUGGCGGCUGAUUUAGAGCCCAACAGAAGCAAGGCUCUUAAGCAACAAAGUGAGGAAUUACAACGCCGAUUUGUUAAAGAGGUCAAGUUAUUGGUUGAGCAAGAAAGAGCAGGUCGACUGGCUAAGCUGGACGUGAUUGAUAAACGAUUCAAGGCACUAGAAAAAUAUGCUCUUCAAAAUGCUCAACAAUUGGAUGCAUCACGUCAACGCCACGUCAUUCAUGUCGCCUUAGAUGCUCUUUGGAAUAUACUGGAGCAAUCACCUCAUCAGCAAUCUUUUAAUGAUGAAUUACAAGCUUUAAACCAUAAUACAAAGGAAGAUGCUCUUAUUCAGACCGUUUUAAGUGUUGUUCCUGAUUCUAUCGCCAAGGAAGGUGUUAACACCAUAAGUGAACUCUUUCAUCGUUUUGAAAUUGUUUCUAAUGAAAUUCGUCGAGUAGCGCUUGUGCCUGAAGAUGGCGGAUUUGGAUCACAUAUUAUCAGUUGGGUCAUGUCCUUUUUGAUGUUUAAGAAGGAAGGCUUGGUAGAAGGGGAUGAUAUAGAAUCGAUUUUGGCACCCCAAGACUGGAUUCAAUCAGCUAGACGUCAUUUGGAAGUGAAACAAGCAUUAGAGAAAAUCAAACAAGGCAUUGAUGAGCGUAUGAAAGGUGGUAAGACAUUUCCAGCUCUUUAUGCUCUCUUCAAUACCCACUUUAUGCCUGAAAAGCUUCAUAUUGUCGGAUAUGCACGUACUAAAAUGAGUCGUAAAGAAUUUCAUGAACGCAUUAGUACCUCUUUGAAAAACGAUGAGCACGAAGGUAAUGAAAAUAUUAGUCAAUUUUUGGAUAUCUGUCAUUAUGUGUCAGGUCAAUAUGAUGAAGAUGACUCCUUUAAGAACUUGGACAAGUUUGUGACGGAUUUAGAGGAGAAAGCAGAGAUGAAGAAGGAACAGAGAAAUCGUAUCUUUUAUAUGGCCUUGCCACCUGGUGUCUUUGUCGCAAACAAAAUUGGCAAGAACUUGAUGUAUGUUCGUUUUGCAAAUCGUAUCUUUAGCUCUCUUUGGAAUGCUUCUCAUAUUGAUUCUGUACAGAUUACAAUGAAAGAAGCCAUUAGUACUGAAGGUCGUGGUGGUUAUUUUGAUGAAUAUGGCAUUAUUCGUGAUGUUAUGCAAAAUCACUUGUUACAAUUGUUUUGUAUGGUUGCUAUGGAACGUCCUAUUGCACGAGAUGCAGAAGCCAUUCGUGAUGAAAAAGUAAAAGUCUUACGAUGUGUAAAACCUGUUAAACUUGAAGACACUUUAUUAGGUCAAUAUGUAAGUAACGGUAAAGUGCCCGGUUAUCGAGAAGACGAGUCUGUCCCCGACGAUAGUCUCACAGCCACUUUUGCUACCAUGGUCCUCUGGAUCGAUAACGAACGUUGGGAUAAUGUCCCUUUUAUCCUUAAAGCGGGUAAAGCAAUGGACAGCGGUAAAGCAGAAAUUCGUAUUCAUUUGUUUAAUGAUGUCCCUCGUAACGAACUUGUCUUCAGAGUACCUGGAUUUUCCUAUGAUACUAUGAUCACUGAACUUGAUUUGACAUACAAGAAUCGUUAUAAAAACUUGAAUAUACCUGAAGCUUAUGAAAAUAUGAUAUUAGACGUUAUGCGUGGAGAUCAUUCAACAUUUGUACGUGACGACGAACUUAAAGCAGCAUGGCGAAUCUUUACACCUCUUUUACAUCAAAUUGAAGAGCAAAAGAUAAAGCCUGAACCCUAUCCAUACGGAACACGUGGACCUAAAAAAUUGGAUGAAUUUGUAAAAAGAUAUGGUGUUGAACGAUUGGAACAUGAAAACUAUCAGUGGCCCUUACAUCAACUUGAUUAA